AUGGGCUACUUGAUCUGGAACAACAGCAUCUCCGUCCUGGUCAAAGAAUUCCCCUAUCUAAACUACGAAGCCGACCACAUCGUCGAUCCCAUCUAUUUCUUCAAAUGGGUCUUGCGUAUCAUCUGGAUGUUCAUCGUAUAUCAGGUCAUACUCAUCGCUAUUGUUGCAUUUGUUAUCAAGACGAUUGAUGUUGUCAAGACCUUUUUGGAGGUUAACGGAUAUAUUGAGAGCGAUCCCGGUGAAUGGUUCGGUGCUCCGUCGACUUGGAAGGCUAGGAGAAACAUGCACAUUGAGGACAAUAAAGAGAGUUUGGGAGAGGGACCAUUGUUGAGGAGAGUUUUGGGAGUGCAUGAGGACUGA